ACCAAUAAAAAAAAUCUGUUGAAUAUAUGUGUUAACAGGAAUAAAGCGCCAUGAAAAUUUUCGUUCUUGGCAGCGUUCUUCUUUAUAUUCAUGGAGUAUGUCCAUCCAACCUUCCCCCCGUGAUAACGUCAGAGUUUAAACAAGAGUAUUUCUUGCCUCGUUUUCAUUCUUCUCCUUUGACUCUACUAUGUAGUGCUCACAACGGUGAAAUCACGUAUAGUUGGUUUAAAAAUUACAUGAAAUUCAACAACAAUGGGCGUAUUGUAGUGAACAAGAAAACUGGAGCAAUCUUCUUCCAAAAUCUCACACAGAGUGAUUUUGGAGAAUUCUAUUGUUUGGCAGAAAAUAAAUAUGGAACUUCAGUAUCCUUGUUUGUUAAAAUCUCUGAAGCGAUUCUUGAUAAAUUUCCUACGAAGGCACUGACACAAACUUGUGAGGAACACCACCAUUGUCAGCUGAAUUGUAUGGAUAAACCUAGAUGUGAGCCGAGAGAAUCGUGUGAUAUAGAAUGGAAAUAUGGCAUUGGAACAUCGAAUACUGUAUCCAUAGGAAAGGAAACAGCAGUGGACGGUGAAGGGAAUCUUCAUUUCCUAAGCAUAAAGAAAUCUGAUGGCAACAAAACAUAUGCAUGUGGAAUUUGGAACGAACGCAAAAAGACACUAGUUACGGGGAGGUCAAUAAACCUCCAAGUAUAUGAUCCCAGAACUAAAUCUAUUCCUGUUCAAGCGGUAUAUCAAAGUAAAUAUAAGGCAUUUGUUGGUCAACUCGGAAUACUGAAGUCCAUUUUCUCUGGAAGUCCAGUUCCUGUUAUAAAAUGGAAAAACAAGAAUGGUUCGAGCAUAGAAAGUAAUCGAAAGUAUAUCAUUAAAGAAAAUGGAAGACUUCUACAGAUAAUGAACGUUACCUUUGAUGACGAAGGUCAAUAUCAAUGUAUAGCCAAUGACAACAUUACCCAGAAUCCAUUUCUUAAUGUAACUUCCCCUCCAAAAUUUGUUGAAAACAAUAGACGUUUCUUGACUAAGAUUGCAGAGAACUCUUCCAGUGACGUAAUUAUUUUAUCAUGCGAUGCUUUUUCUGCGCCAGGGGAAGCAUAUCCAGUAGUGACCAGAUGGAUGAAAAACGGCUACGUUCUCAACUCCUAUCAAGGUAACGGCAAUAUAAAUACGUUUUCAUUUACAUAA